AUGUUCGUGUAUGCGGAACACUUGAGUGUCUCCCACUUUACCACUUUGUCUACCCUCCAUCUCCACGUAGCGGUACAGCUUCGUUGGAUCGAAGCCUACUUUCCAUUCACCCAUCCGUCUUGGGAACUGGAAGUGAAGACGAAGGUUGGCUACACCGGAGAUGGCGUGGAGGAGUGGACCGAGCUCCUUGGUUGCGGCAUCCUGAGACAAGAGAUCUUGGAACGCGCUGGUGUUUGCAACAAAGUUGGCUACGCUUUCGGCUUGGGCUUAGAGAGGUGGGCAAUGAAAUUAUAUCAAAUUCCGGAUAUUCGACUAUUCUGGACGCAGGACUCCGGUUUUCUGCACCAGUUUGUUACCGAUAAUAUUCACGCUAAUAUAGUUUACAAGCCCAUCAGUGUGUAUCCACAAUGUAUCCUCGAUCUUUCCUUCUGGUUGGGUGAAGGGCAACUCGAUGCUCAGGAUGUCGCCUCGAAGACCGUCGAACGGGAUUUCUACGAUCUUGUGCGUAACGUUGCCGGUGAUCUUAUCGAACAGGUUCACCUGAUCGAUCGCUUCACAGAUGCGAAGACCGGACGUCACAGCCACUGUUAUCGGCUGGUGUAUCGGGCUCAGCAUCGCACACUGACAAUGGAGGAGGUGCGACCUAUCCACGAGCGUAUUGCACUGGAUGUCGUGGAACGUUUCGGUGUUCAACUUCGCUGACCUCUGUGUCAUCACGCUCCCCCUCUACGUGGCUUUU